GAUGUGUCUCCACCUGUGGGGCAUUUGACGUCUCUACAGUGACUUGAAGAAUUACACUGUCACUGAAAUAAUAUUAUAUUAAUAUAUCAGUCAGAGUUUUUGUAUUUGACACUUAGAAAGGCUUUGGACAUACCUUGUAGUAAGAAAGACAUUCAAGGGACUCCAUGUGCUCCCUGGACUUCUGGUAAUUUGAUCCAUACUCGCGCGCCUUUAAGACGAAGACACGUGACCUCGUCAGCGAGACGUCAGACCCGGAUGUGGAGCGGCUGUCUUUGCGGUGUUUUAUGGGAUGCUCUGUUUUCAGUGGAAGUUUAUGAUAUUUUUGGCCGGUACACAAACGCCUGCUGGACCAUGAAAUGCCUCACGUGUCCUCAGCGGGAAAAGAAGCAAUCCAGUUUCCUCCCGUAUUCGGGGAAAUGAGUUUUAGCAACGCCACGAAUUUGUAGUAAAAUAGGUAAAUGUUUUGUAGCUAUUUUGAUGUAGCAUUAAUACAGGUUGCCUCUUUUUUUGAAGGUGGAAUCCCGGUCAUAAACUCGUGGACGUUUACAUGUUUGGAGUCAUCCUUUACUGAUGGUAUUUAAUUACAAAACAGGCACAUGUGGACCAAUUCACCUCCUGGACUGAGCUAACAGCCGUUUGACAUGAUGACCACGAUGGCCUCUGGAGCAAGGGCAGUUCUUCUCAACUUGAGAUACACUUUCAGUAAAGCAGGCUCUUUUGCCAGAGUCAGACUCAUUCAGAACACCAGGACAUGUUUUGUUAAAAGAGGGCAGAUUUUAACCCAGAUUCCCAAGGUUACGCUGCUAUGUUGGGGUGCAGUGACGGCAACAUCUUCUGCAGUCAGGUGCCAGGAAGCCACUCUUCCAUCACAGACUGCCGACAGAAAGUCUCUAGCCAAAGUCCAAGUGCAUAGAGUUAUAUUUUUCCUUCGCCUCAGCCUCCGUGCAUUGAUACUACUCCUCAGAUUUGGCCCCCUUCUCCUAUUGUCCCCCUUGGCUCUGGUGUCCAAAAGCUUGGCGUCUCGUUGGCUGGACGCUCUGCUGUGGGUGACUGAGACCUCUGGUCCUACUUUCAUCAAGCUUGGGCAGUGGGCCAGCACCAGACGGGACAUCUUCUCUCAGGAGUUUUGUGAACGCUUCUCCAGGCUCCACGUCAAGGUGCGUCCUCACUCGUGGGCCCACACCAAGCAAUGUCUCCGGAGGGCCUUCGGGGAGGGCUGGAGGAGGGUUUGUUUUGAGAGCACGGAGCCGGUGGGUUCGGGAUGUGUGGCCCAGGUGUACAGAGGUUGGGCCAAGGCAGACCAGGUGGAGGACCCAGCCUUCCAGUCGCUGGUGGAGGAGAUGGAGAGAGAAGACUUGCUAGAAGCCUGGGAGAUCCCUGGUUUUAGAGGAAUGGCCAGCUCCCUGCAGCAGCUCUGGGGGGGGAGUAGGGAAGAGGAGGGCUAUGAGGAGAGGAGUUACCCAAGUGGUCAGCUCGAGGGGAGCAGUACAGAGAAGGAACAUCUGAUACCUGUGGCUAUCAAGGUGGUUCAUCCAGGUGUCAGGAGGCAGGUGGAGAUAGACCUGUUGCUGAUGAAAGCAGGCAGUUGGCUUCUGCACUGCCUCCCGGGACUGAAAUGGCUCAGUCUGUAUGAGAUAGUAAAGGAGUUUGAGAAGCUCAUGACUAAACAGAUUGAUCUCCGUUUUGAGGCCAGGAACAUCGAGCAGUUCCGGGAUAAUUUCCGCGAUGUGGAUUAUGUCAAGUUCCCAACUCCCUUACAACCAUUUGUCACCAGGACCAUUUUAGUGGAAACUUUUGAAGAGAGCGAGCCCAUUUCUCACUACCUGAGCUCCGAUAUUCCUCAGGAUGUGAAGCAGAGAAUAGCCAGGAUGGGUGUAGACACCCUGCUGAAAAUGGUCUUUGUGGACAACUUUGUCCACGGGGACCUCCAUCCUGGGAACAUUCUGGUCCAGUGUCGGGGCCCUCAUGCUGUUUCCAGAGACAGUACUGGUGUCACAGGGGAGCCCCAGGGUAAAACCACCCUCACUGACUUGUGGGAUACGGUGGUUGUCAGUGUCAGGCCAGACCCGUGUCCUCUCCAGUUGGUGUUGCUGGACGCUGGCAUUGUAGCCCAGCUCAGUGACCAUGACCAUGCCAACUUCAAGGCUGUCUUCACAGCUGUGGUGCUGCGGCAGGGUGAGCGAGUAGCAGAGUUGAUUUUGCAUCAUGCGCGAGCCAAUGAGUGCCAAAACGUGCCACAGUUUAAGAAGGAGAUGGCCCAGUUGGUAGACCAUGCCCUCAGCAAUACCCUCUCUCUGGGAAAGAUCCGAGUGGCUGAGUUGCUCUCCAGAGUCUUUGGUCUGCUCAUCAAACACAAGGUGAAGUUGGAGAGUAAUUUUGCCUCAAUUGUGUUUGCCAUCAUGGUGCUGGAGGGUCUGGGCAGGUCGCUCGAUCCGAACCUGGACAUCUUGGAUUUGGCCAAACCCCUACUGCUAAAGAACUGUGCCUCACUGCUCUGAUACAAACAGUACAUACACACACAUACACACACACAAUACCUGAACCACAACAGAUAAAGCAUACUAUCUGUGCUUGAUCUGUCGUGUCGUGUACUUGUAGGUGCACAUACAGGUACUAACCCCUGUACUGUAUACAUAUGGUACAUCUAUGGAUACAGUACAUAUGUAUAUCCUCCUCAUGCCAAGAUGAUGGAUUGUCAUCGAGGUUACAAUGUGAGAUUUCACUGUGGAUAACAGGAUCACUUCUUCAUCACUACAUUUCAGCCGUGUUGUUACUAUAAAUACCUCAGAAUUUUACAUUGGUGGGUAUUUCCACUUUGAUCACUGUUACUCUUGAAUUUUAUCUUCUACUGUCUUGUUGAAGUAUGAACAUUUCACCCACUGAAGUCAACUUCAAGGCACCUCUAACAGAGCUUAAUGAAGAAGAGUGUGUACGCUUUACAUGAGGUACCACUUGUAGUUUAUUGAGUGCUAACGGAUGAGUCAGACACAUCGGCAAACACACAGAUCGCAUGAGAGACCAUUUUGAGUGAUAUAUGAAACAAAAUACUACGAGAAUCCCUAGUUGAUAUUCAAAAGCAUAUUUAUACGUUUUAAUGGCUAAUAUUGAUCUCAGGAUGGUUUUUUUUAAUCACUUUUUAUCCUCUUUUAUUGCAUAUAAGAUAAUGUUGUCUAAUGAGCCAUAUUUGUUUUAGUGUAAAUCACAAUGUACUGUAACAUUUGUUCGUACAAACUACAUUGACAAUGUGAAGCCUUAUGAGGGGACCCAUGUCUAUUAACGUUCCAUCAAAAUUGUGGGAACACUUGUAUGAAUUAUACAUAUCAAUAAAAAGGGAAUCUAUGCUAAUUGAUCUUUUUCUUUCCUUUGCUGCCACUAGUGACCAGUCCUAAGUUUUCUAACCCUUUCAGUG